UCAUUAGUUAUUUCUGAUUCCCAGUCUCUCUUUUGAGUUAGCGGAGGAAAAAGAAGAAAACACACUUCUCUUUCGCUGCACACAUUUCUGAAACACUGGGUUUAUAGACUAUAAGGAGCGAUGAACAGCAUACGUUGCUGCAUCUCUUGCAUUCUUCCUUGUGGAGCGCUGGAUGUGGUUCGAAUAGUACACUCAAAUGGCCACGUUGAAGAGAUCAGCGGCUCCAUCAUGGCCGGCGAGAUCAUGAAGGCUCACCCUAAGCACGUCCUCAAGAUACCCUCCUCUCCCUCCCACGAUGGCAUGGUCCCUAAUAUUGUCGUCGUCCCGCCUGACGCAAUGCUCCAACGCGGCAAGAUUUAUUUCCUCCUCCCUCUUCCCCCUACACCCCAUAAAUCUUCCUCCACAAACAUGAACAAUAGAAGCCAAGACACCACACACGACAGUAACGGCCACGGAGGCCGCCAGCAUCGACAGAGCCGGAGUUUGGGCAACGCCGACAACAAUGACAACAACACGGUUUUGGUUUCGACAACGGAUCGAAGAAGAGGAGAGUUGGGGUGUGGAGACCACACUUAAAAAGCAUCUCCGAGACCCCAAGUGAUGAUGGUUGAUCAUCUCCAACUAUGCCGUGUCAUACUACUGUUAAUUAUUAUUAGUUUGUAUUACGAAUUUGUUGUUUUCAGUCUUCUCGUAUGUUAAUAUGUUUCACUUUGG